AUGGACGAAAAUAAAGGUACUCACCACAGCGGACGCCAAAACUUACCCGUUAAACAUUGCGAACCAAAAAUCACGCAGUUAAACUAUAACUCAAACACGUCACAUCCGGAGAAUAACAAUUUGCUACAUAUGAUAAAGUGUCACGAGGAUAGCUUAUUGCGCCUUCAUCACCUCACAGCGGGCAGGCAGAUAAAUAACUAUGAUCCACCAAACCAGUAUGAUCUAUCUUGGUACCAGAAAGACCUACAACGUCAAUACAUCAAGCCGAUGGACUAUGUGACUUACGAAGACAUGAGAAGAAAGUUCGAUGAGGCCAAGAAUACAAAGGAACAUAAAGAAUCGGAAGAAGAGAAAGACUCGAAGGGUGAUGAGAGAAAGAAGCCCAGAAGGAACAGAACUACGUUUACAAGCCAACAGUUGGCAGCGCUCGAAAAGGUGUUUGAGAAGACUCACUAUCCUGAUGCAUUUGUGAGAGAGGAUUUGGCGUCUAGGGUGAAUUUAACUGAAGCAAGAGUGCAGGUUUGGUUUCAAAAUAGACGCGCAAAAUUCAGGCGCAACGAAAGAUCGGCUCUUUCAACGCACAGAAGUUCAACAAGUCAGAGUUCCCCAGAGCCUCUACCAGUACCCAUUGGGAUCCCUCAAUCUGAUAACAGACAGGACACCAUUAGUCGUUCUACAAAAGAACCGUGGCUGCAUCACUUUCAAACAAACAAUCUCAAUUUUAAUUUAGGACUCCCUAUAACAAACUCUGGGAUAUAUCAGAACGAUUAUUCCUUGAUGAUGCAAAAUGUUAAUAAUAGACAAUACGUACCUAAUAAUACGCUUAUGGGUCAAAGUAUGAGUAAUUACGGUAAUGCAGCAGAAAAUACUUAUGGGUCUUGUGCUCUUAUUGGAGGCUAUAGUGGAUCACUGCAGCCACAUCACAGUUCAUAUAAUUUAAAUUUGCGGCUUCGUCCCCACGAUUUUAGCAUAAAUAAUAUUACUUUAUAG